CUAAUGUGGCUGGCAGACCCUGAACAGUUCACGAUCCCUGGCUGUUUCUUAUAACGUCAUCAUGAAGAUUGCCUUGGUGAGCAUCUCUUUGCUGAUGCUCCUGACUGACAUCCACACCAGCGUCCAACCGCAGAAAGACUUUGACCUUCAGAGAUUUGCAGGGAGAUGGUAUCGACUCGGUCUGGCCUAUGACUCUCCAGGGUUUGUGCACUACAGAAACAGACUCACCAUCUCGAUGGGCACAGUGGAGCUGAAGGAGAACGGGAACGUCAACAUGACCAUGUGGAGUGUAACUUCCUCUGGCUGUCAUUCUGUGGUCUACAUUUAUAAGACAACGUCUGUGCCCGGCGUAUUUACCUACUACAGCACUCGUCAUAGAAGGGUGAAGGAUGUUACUGUGGUGGAGACAAACUACACAGAGUAUGCCCUGGUCCUCAAACACAAGAAGUUUAACAAGGAGUUCACACAAGUGGCCCUUUAUGGUCGUACUGAUAAGUUGAGAGCGGAUGUGAUGGAGAAGUUCAGAGCAUAUGCCACAGCUCAAGGAUUCCCUAAAGACUCCAUACUGACUCCACCAGCUGCUGAAAACUGUCCUUCUUCAGGUAGUUAGUUCCCAUUCACAUUUAGUGCUGGAGGAAACACACACCUUUACUUUAAUAUGACAAAAUGAUGUUAUUUUGUGGCAGUUUGUAAUAUUGCAACUGAUGUCAUUUUCAUUUGCUGUGCUUAGUUGUUAUAUUUAAAUAUAAAGCUGACAAAACACUGAAUCCAAGCUCCGAAGAAGUGUGGAAAUACAGAGAGAGGUAUUGUCACAUCUCUGAAUAUCUUUGCUGGCAAAAAUUAAACUUUUUUUGUUUCUGUUCAUGUUGCGUAUGUCACUCACAUCUGGAGUUUAACAUGCGAAAUGAAAGUUAAUGUGUAAAAAUGAGUACAUCUCUUCUCUUGUGUUGAAGCUUUUCUUACUCUGUUCUAACGGGAAAAAAGCUAACUGCUUACUGAGUGAUUGUGACUGAAAAGUCAUGCUCACUGGAUGAAAGUUUUGUGACAAAUGUUUGGUAAUUGUAAAUAAAGAUCUAAUUCUAAAGGA